CUCUUUCUUUACCAUUCUGUACUCUGCUCUUAGAUUCUCAAUGGCGAUAUAUCUUUACAAGAAUCAGUACAAGGAUAUUACUAUUUUUGCAUCUUGUGAAUGGUUGAAUGAUAUUGACUUUACAAAUUCAAUAGAUCGGAAUACAUCUAUUUGCAAACUGGUCAUUUACAACGUACCGGACUUUUAUAGAAGACUUGUGACAUUCCAGGAUCUAGAAGACUUUAAACAAGGUGAUAUUCCUUUGGACGUACUUAAUACUGUGGUGACUCUUGCUUUACAAGGUGGUAAAGAAUAUAAAGGUGAUGAAUUAAAUUGGAAAACUGUUUUUACUCGAGAUGAAUGCCAGAUGACUUUGAUUGGCUACUGGAAUCGAACUUUACCGGUCCAAGUGGGUUCUUUUAAACUUCAACGCGUACCUGAAUGGGACAAAAAUUCUAUAUUAACCGAAUGGAUGGAGAACACGUCUUCCCAAUUCAAAUUGAUCAAGGAAACUCAAGAUGCAUUAUCCCUACGAAAUCUCAAUUUGGAAGAAGAAUACAAGAAAAUGGAAGAAUCAGUAGAACAGAUGGUGGCACAAAAAACGAUCUCGGAUUUAUCCAUGAUGGGAAAGUUCAAAGAGUUAUUGAAUCAGAAGAAAAAAAAGAUACGUAAUCUAAUGGUGAAACUGGAACAAAAAGAGAUAAAACCUGAUACUACAAUACCAAGCUCAAUAUCAUCCUCCAUAAAACGAUCCGUAUCCCCUCCUUCAUCCUCAAGUAAGGGAAAGAAAAAGCAAAAGACGGAAGAUACUCAAUCUGAGGAAAGUAGUCGUCCAAUAAUUCCCAUGUCUCCUCCGUCCAACAUACCUCAAGAAGUACAACCUAGUGCUACCUUUACAACUACUACUAAUAAUGAUGAUCAUGUUAAAACCGAUGAAGACGAAGAUGAUAACUUGGAAGAUGACUGGCGACUUACUAUUGCACGAUCAAGACCAAGAAGCAGAGGUAUCCGAAAGGCGUACGUUAUUAUUAUCAUAUAUCUGAUCAUUUUUAUACAUAAUGAUGAUCAUCUCACCUUAUUCUUACUCUUUUGUAGUGAUACCGAAAAAAAUAUGGAUACACAAUCUGACACUACUGAUGAAGAAUCUUCCUAAAUCACCUUCUCGUCUACUUAUUACAGAUCUUUUUUUAUGUAUAUAUAUCCCCCUUCUGAUAUCCUAUUGAUUGUACUAUAUAUUCCUUUUUCAAUCUUAAUUAAUACAUCCCUAUACAUAAUUUUACACUUCAACAUCUUCAUUCAAUUCCAAUAGAAAUAAAAACAUUAUAA